AUGGUAAAAAAGGUAGUUACAAAAUUAAAAGGCGUUUCUUUCGAAGCACGAAAAAUUUGCGACAAACGUGGGGACAACAAUAUGAGGGGAGGGCCAGAUAACAUCAAGAUACAGAAGAUGCCCGUUAAAAAGCGACAGAUAAACGUUCAGGACUUUCCACACCCCGGGAGGUUGACUCCUAUACAGCUACACAAAAAGGGUGAAAAAGUCGAGCUUGUUGUGUAUAGGCUUCACCCCUUUUACGACACGAUAAAAUUGCACAAUUCUGCCCUUGGCGUCGUAGCUCCCUCCAUGGCGCCUCCCCCAGAGUUGCUACCCCGCAUUGAUCACUUGAUGAAACUCGAAAAGGAUGUAAAGAAAAGAAUCGUCAAAAAGGAGCACCAAAUGAGGGUUACGCUUCUCUUUUUAAACGUCCACAAAUUAUGUAACCCCCUUUUGACCCAUAAAAAAGAUUAUCGAACCAGGGAAAUCAAAUUAGGAAGCAGCAAUUCUGUUUUGUCGCUCGCGCAAAGCAGCGGUGUGAGGUACGUCCUGGCGGGGUUAGAUAGUGGCACUUUACACAUUUACAACUUUGCCUAUGCUGAAAAGGGCACAGGAAAAGAACUCCCCACAGAAAAUAUGAGAAAAUGCCCCAAUGACAGUAUGGACAAAAAAAUAAAAAUAUGGAAAAUACGAAAUGGAGAUAAACAGCCUUUAAAUAAGAGCCAUACGAAUAAGAAAUUCAUUUUAAGUUUUAUUUGCGAAGGGGCAUUUGAUGAGCACAUCGCAACACGCAUGUUUCACCCGAGUGUGCACAAUAACAUAAUUAUUCCUCUCUCUAAGGAGGUUAUAAAAAUAGCCAACAUAGUAGCGAGAAAGAGUGCAGCUAAUAACCUGACCCGGUCAGGCAAAACUACCCGAAUUUUCAAAGAAUGGACAGCACGCUUUACUGCCAAUUCGGAAGACAAAAAUUACACAGAAUUCUCCAGUGCCACUGGAAUGUUUUCCCAUUUGUGUAGCAACAACUGUCCAAUGUUAACCAAAAAUAACUUCCAAAGUGUUCACAAAAUUCGGAUGAUAAGCAAAGAAGAAGAGAAAUUUUAUGAGAAAAAUUUCUUAAAAAAUAUGAACAGAUUGAGAAAAAAAAAAAUUCCAACUGGUAGUAGCUAG